CUUCCGAUCUGCGUUCACAUUCGGUUAGCCACUAAAAGACCGCACAAUGGCAUCCAAAUUACAAGAGUAUAAAGACAACAUAGAACAAAGUCUGAACGACAAAAGCAAGCCAUGGACGAAAUAUUUUGAACUAGCCGAACAAAAGGUCGGCGUGAACAGAUUGUACAUUUUCUUAGGCUUGGUCGCGUUCACCGGUUUAUAUUUAGUGUUCGGUUUCGGAGCUGAAUUAAUAUGCAACUCGAUCGGCUUCGUGUACCCCGCGUACAUGUCUAUGAAGGCUCUGGAGUCACCGCAGAAGGAUGACGAUACAAAAUGGCUUACAUAUUGGGUGGUGUACGCCUGUUUUUCUAUCGUGGAGUACUUUUCCGAUUUCAUCGUCGGCUGGUUUCCAUUGUACUGGCUGUUAAAGUGCAUCUUCGUGAUCUGGUGCUACCUGCCGACUGAAUACAACGGGUCCCUCGUGAUCUACUACCGUAUCAUUCGUCCUUACUACCAGAAGCAUCAUGGUCGUAUCGAUGAUAUGGCCAACACAGGGAAACAAGAUUAAAAUGCCGUUUUAAUGCAAUCAAAAAAAUUAUAAUGCUUCCCGUCUGGUGGCAGAUACCAUCAGAAAGACCAAUUAAACCUGCUCGUUUUUUACAUAUGUUUUAAAUAAAAUUUAAAUAGUACAAAUUUCAGCACUUCGCUUAUGCGCCAAUAUAAAAUUUAAUUAAGAAAAUAAAUAAAUUUCAUGUUUCAAAAUGAAAUAGUUUUUAUAAACUAAAAGUUGAACUUAUAAGAUUUCUGUUUGUUAACUUAAUAAGUGUAUUUUGAUAAACGAAUAAUGAAAUUAAAACAAAACAAAAAAAAUAGUAAUAUUUCAUUUUAAAGUCUCAUAAAAUGUAUUUCCUUAAAACGGUUUUAUUUCAAGACAUUUUUGUGUGCAUUUAAAGAAAUGCUUUUAAUGUUAGGAAUUACCUAUAUGUCGAAACCAUCAUUGUAAACUUUCUUCUUUUUUUUGUCACAUAUUUCUAUAUAGUUAAUAUAAUGUAACGUCUCUCUCUAGCGCAAUUAAUUUUCGCGUGCUAGAGUAAGACGACUAUAUACAAUUACAUUUGACGAGAAUGAUUCAAAUCUUGAAUAAAAUAGUAUAAG